AUGAGUCAUGAAUUCUUUUGUCCUAAAAAGCAGCCGCUUUUCAAGUGGGCUGGUAUUAUCCAGAAGACAACAAUGAAGACAUUGUUUACAACAGAUGACUUUUCGGAGAUGAAAUUGAACACAUUAAUUCAAUUUUGUUAUCCAACUGAAAUUCCUAUAUCAGGACCAUUGACAUUUGUAUUUAGAUUUCGAACAGAAGACGAGUCAUUCUAUAAUGCUUUUUGUUUAUUGGAUCAAACUUCAUAUCAAUUGAAAGAAUUCGAUUUAAACCAACAAUGCUGUAUUUGUAUCAUUUCUCAGUACUACCACUAUGAUGUUUUCGAUGAAGCACUUAAAAUUGCUCGAUCAUUAUUAUUAAAUAGUAUCCCUGCCACCCAACAUUUCUUUGAAACACUUUACUCAAAUCCACUAGCGAUUACUUCGAUGGAUUCUGUUCAGUAUCUUUGGAAAUCAUCGUUGUCAUCUUAUCAAUCGCAAAUUUUGAAGCCAAUAACAUCAAGAUUCGACCUUUUUACCAUUGGAUCGAUUAUAUUCGAUAUGCUGACUGAUGCUCCCUUCAUGAUUGUUUCUUCAGACUUGAAUGAAUUAUCCCAAUUUUGUUUUGCGUUAUACUGCUUAGUUCAUCCACUCAAAUGGUUUCAUAUCUUCGCUCCAAUACUUCCUUUAUCAAUUCUAGAGACAGUUCAGUCUCCAGCUCCAUUUAUUGUCGGAAUACACUCAUCUUUAUUAAGUAAGAUCACAAAUUCCGAUAUAGAAGCGCAUGUUUACAUAGAUAUCGACUCUUUGACCAUAAAAAGAGUAAAUCUCCCAUCAAUUCCUCAAUGGGUCACGAAUUCAAUAAAUAAUUUCACAGAAUUCAGCCAAAAAUCAGUCCAUCAGCUUAUACUACAGAUCAUCUGCACAGCCCUUAAUAUACAUCCAUCAGGAUCCCCUUAUUUGAACGCAAAAAAGAUAAUUACUUCUGUUCACGACGUAGAGCUUGAACCAGGGUCCGCCCAGUUCCAGCUGAUCAAUAGUCGAACAGUUCGAUGCCUUCUUGACGCUUCCAAAGAAAAGCAUCUUCAAAAUAAUUUUGUUGCGUUGCUUUCUUGUUUUACAAACUCAGGAAUCAUAUUCCCAGCCACUCAGUUCGUUGACGAGUUCCCUUUGAGAAAGAAUCAAGUUUUAAGAAGUCAAUCUGUUCAAUUCACAAAAACGCACCAGAAUUUCAAGUCUAUGUCUGUUCCUGAUAUUAAUAUGCUGUCAAAGUCCAAGCUUGAACCAAAUCCAUAA